UGAAAUGUACAUUUUUCUGCUGGGCAUGAGAUGUUCUUGAAUUCUUACAACUUUAUGAAGAGACCCAUGUAUGGUGCUAUUGCGAAAUUCAUUAGGAAGUUUGAAGACAUUUCAAAUAACAGGUUGUUUUGAUUUCUGAAGUGAAAGUGGGGAGGCAUUCUGUUUUAUGGAAGGAGGAAGGACUCGGGUCAGAAAACUUGUAUGCUAUGGUUAGCUGGUUUCCAGCUUCCGAGAAUGUUGUUUUCCAUGGUGUAAAACUUACUGAGCAUCAGGAUAAGGGAUAACGACUCUAUGGAUAUACAGAAUCCUUCACCAUGGUAAAACUCGCUAACCCGCUGUAUACUGAGUGGAUUUUGGAGGCCAUCAAAAAAGUGAAGAAGCAGAAACAACGUCCUUCAGAAGAAAGGAUAUGCAAUGCAGUGUCUUCAUCCCAUGGCUUGGAUCGUAAAACUGUUUUAGAACAAUUGGAAUUGAGUGUUAAAGAUGGAACAAUUUUAAAAGUCUCAAAUAAAGGACUCAAUUCCUAUAAAGAUCCUGAUAAUCCUGGACGAAUAGCACUUCCUAAACCUCGAAACCAUGGAAAAUUGGAUAAUAAACAAAAUGCAGAUUGGAAUAAACUGAUCAAGCGAGCAGUUGAAGGCUUGGCUGAGUCCAGUGGCUCAACUUUGAAAAGCAUUGAGCGUUUUUUGAAAGGUCAGAAGGAUGUGUCUGCAUUAUUCGGAGGCAGUGCAGCCUCUGGCUUUCACCAGCAGUUACGAUUGGCCAUUAAACGUGCCGUUGGCCACGGCAGACUCCUUAAAGAUGGACCUCUUUAUCGGCUCAACACUAAAGCAGCCAAUGUGGAUGGGAAAGAGAGUUGUGAGUCUCUUUCCUCUUUACCUCCAGUGUCACUUCUUCCACAUGAAAAGGAUAAGCCAGUUGCUGAACCAAUCCCCAUCUGUAGUUUCUGUCUUGGUACAAAAGAACAAAACCGAGAAAAGAAGCCAGAGGAACUCAUCUCCUGUGCUGACUGUGGCAACAGUGGUCAUCCAUCCUGUUUAAAAUUUUCCCCUGAGCUAACGGUUAGAGUGAAGGCCUUGCGGUGGCAGUGCAUCGAGUGUAAAACUUGCAGCUCUUGUCGAGAUCAAGGCAAAAAUGCAGAUAACAUGCUCUUUUGUGAUUCCUGUGACCGAGGUUUUCACAUGGAGUGUUGUGAUCCACCACUCACCCGGAUGCCUAAAGGCAUGUGGAUAUGUCAAAUAUGUCGACCUCGGAAAAAAGGAAGAAAACUUCUACAGAAGAAGGCAGCACAGAUAAAACGGCGCUAUGCUAAUCCAAUAGGACGUCCAAAAAACAGGUUACAGAAACAAAACACGGUGUCAAAAGGUCCCUUCAGCAAAGUUCGAACUGGUCCUGGAAGGGGUCGGAAACGUAAAAUCACUCUUUCCAGCCAAUCAGCAUCAUCGUCAGAAGAAGGCUAUUUAGAGCGAAUAGAUGGCUUGGAUUUCUGCAGAGAUAGCAGUGUUCCCUUGAAGUUCAACAAGAAAACCAAAGGGCUCAUUGAUGGCCUUACCAAAUUCUUCACCCCUUCUCCUGAUGGGCGGAAACCUCGAGGAGAAGUGGUGGACUACUCUGAGCAAUAUAGAAUCAGGAAGAAGGGCAGCAGAAAGUCAAGCACUUCAGAUUGGCCCACAGACAAUCAGGAUGGCUGGGAUGGCAAACAAGAGAGUGAGGAACGGCUUUUUGGGAGCCAGGAAAUCAUGACUGAGAAAGAUAUGGAAUUAUUUCGUGAUAUCCAAGAACAAGCACUGCAGAAAGUUGGAGUGACUGGUCCGCCUGAUCCACAAGUGCGCUGUCCCUCUGUCAUUGAGUUUGGGAAGUAUGAAAUUCACACCUGGUACUCCUCCCCAUAUCCUCAAGAAUACUCAAGGCUGCCUAAACUGUAUCUUUGUGAAUUCUGUCUAAAAUACAUGAAAAGCAGAACCAUUCUACAGCAGCACAUGAAGAAAUGUGGUUGGUUCCAUCCUCCUGCCAAUGAGAUUUACAGAAAGAAUAAUAUUUCUGUCUUUGAGGUUGAUGGGAAUGUGAGUACCAUUUAUUGUCAGAACCUGUGUCUCUUGGCAAAGUUGUUUCUUGACCACAAGACACUCUAUUAUGACGUGGAGCCAUUUCUUUUUUAUGUACUCACACAGAAUGAUGUCAAGGGCUGCCACCUUGUUGGCUACUUUUCUAAAGAAAAGCACUGCCAACAGAAAUACAACGUUUCCUGUAUAAUGAUUCUUCCCCAAUACCAGCGUAAGGGCUAUGGCAGGUUUCUCAUCGAUUUCAGUUAUUUGUUAUCAAAGCGUGAAGGCCAAGCAGGAUCUCCGGAGAAACCAUUAUCUGAUCUAGGGCGUCUCUCCUACAUGGCUUACUGGAAAAGUGUAAUAUUGGAGUGCCUUUAUCACCAAAAUGACAGGCAAAUCAGCAUCAAGAAGUUAAGCAAGUUAACCGGAAUCUGCCCUCAAGACAUUACUUCUACACUCCACCACCUACGAAUGCUGGACUUCCGUAGUGACCAAUUUGUGAUUAUCCGCCGGGAAAAACUUAUCCAGGAUCACAUGACAAAGCUUCAGCUGAAUUUGCGACCUGUAGAUGUCGAUCCAGAAUGUUUGCGCUGGACUCCCAUCAUAGUGUCCAAUUCUGUUGUCUCAGAGGAGGAAGAAGAGGAGCCUGAGGAAGGAGAAAAUGAAGAGCCGCAGUGCCAAGAAAGGGACCUAGAGACUAGUGUGGGAAAGUCUGCAUCUCGAGAGAACAAAGAACAAGAUUCUUAUUCUCCAGUAGAAACUGAGAAGAAGCCAGAAGUGAUGGUGCCAGCCAGUUCUACCCGUUUGAACAAACCAGCCCUUUCCCGUGAUAGUCUUCCUGCAAAUAGUCAGCCGUCUCGGAGAGGCCGCUGGGGAAGGAAGAACAGAAAAGCCCAGGAGCAUUUUGGUGACACGGAUUUGAAACUGCUCUUGGAAGAGACGUCAGCUCCUCAAGAACAAUAUGGAGAAUGUGAGGAAAAAUCAGAAUUCUCCCAAGAACAGUAUCCUGCAAGUGAGGAGCCGUUGGCAGCCUCUCAGGAGCAGCCAAGCCAGGAAGGGAAGCCAGACCUUCCCAAAAGAAGACUGAGUGAGGGGGUUGAGCUGUGGCGGGGACAGCUGAGGACAAGCCCGGAGGCUCUGAAGUGUAGGCUGCCGGAGGGCAAUGGCCGGCUGCCCCGCCGCUACAGCGAGGGCGACAGGGCUCUGCUCAGGGGCUUCAGUGAGAGCAGCGAGGAGGAGGAGGAGCUGGAGAGUCCCCGCUCCAGCUCGCCGCCAGUCCUUACAAAGCCCACCCUGAAGCGGAAGAAGCCAAUUCUUCACCGAAGACGGAGAGUCCGGAAACGCAAACACCACAACAGCAGUGUGGUCACAGAAACCAUUUCUGAGACUACAGAGGUAUUGGACGAGCCCUUUGAAGACUCUGACUCCGAGAGGCCCAUGCCAAGGUUAGAGCCCACGUUUGAGAUGGAGGAGGAGGAGGAGGAAGAGGAUGACAGCGAGCUCUUCUCUCAAGGGUACUUCCGUCGCCUGUCCUCCCAGGAUGUCCUCAGGUGUCGGUCCUCUUCACAGAGGCCAUCUAGAGAUGAAGAUGAUGAUGAAGAGUCAGAUGAUGCUGAUGAUACUCCUAUCCUAAAGCCAGUAUCUCUCUUGAGAAAAUGUGAUGUGAAGGAUUCUCCACUUGAGCCAGAUACUUCCACACCUAUGAAAAAGAAAAAGGGGUGGCCCAAAGGCAAGAGCCGCAAACCCAUCCACUGGAAGAAAAGACCUGGUCGCAAACCAGGAUUUAGGUUGAACCGAGAAAUCCUAUCUGUGUCUAGUCAAGGAUGCAUUGUUGAGCCCAUUGUCCCCAUUCCUAAACCUGGACGUAGACCCAAAAUUCAAGAGAAUGAAGAAACUAUUGAACCAAAAGAAGACUUGACUUUAACUGAAGAGAGAAGGGAAGAGGAAGAGAUGCACGUGGACGCUGAAGAGAUUGAAGACGGGGAAGAGGAAGACACAGCCAGCAGUGGGGUGAGAGCAGCGUCUCCCGUGGAGAGCAGUAACAGCCCCGACGCGGGAGCCAGGGAACCCGGGGCGGAGGACGACGACGAGAGGCCCCGGGUCUCUGGAGAGCAGAGGCAGUCCGAGGAAGAGCCGCAGGAGCCGGAAGAGCAGGAGCAUGAGGAGGAGGAGGAAGCGGCUGUGGAGAUGACCCAGAACGAGGACCGCGAUGCAGAUGAUGAAGAUGACGGCCAUUUGGAAUCUGCAGAGAAAAAAGAGCCAGAGGAGCCGCCCGCCGCGGAAGAUGUCAAAGAGGAGCCUGGUGGCCAGGAGUCUUUUUUAGAUACUAACAUGCAGAGCAGUAGGGAGAAUAUAAAGGACAAAGACGAGACAGAGCUGGAGUCUGAAGAGGAGCAGACUUCCCAUGACACCUCCGUGGUGUCGGAGCCCAUGCCGGGGUCCGAGGACGAUCACGAAGAAGAUUCAAACGCUAAAGAAGAAUUAGUUGAGUUAAAAGAGGAGGAAGAGAUUCCUCAUAGUGACCUGGACCUGGAAACUGUGCAAGCAGUGCAGUCCUUGACUCAAGAAGAAAGUAAUGAGCACGAGGGCGCCUACCAGGACUGUGAAGAGACUCUGGCGGCUUGUCAGACCCUGCAGAGUUACACCCAGGCAGAGGAGGACCCUCAGAUGUCCAUGGUUGAAGACUGCCAUGCCUCAGAGCAUAACAGCCCCAUGUCCUCUGUGCAGUCCCACCCCAGCCAGUCUGUCCGCUCUGUCAGCAGUCCCAGCGUGCCUGCCCUGGAAAGUGGCUACACGCAAAUCAGCCCGGAACAGGGGUCCCUGUCCGCCCCGUCUAUGCAGAACCUGGAGACUAGCCCCAUGAUGGAUGUGCCUUCCGUGUCCGACCACUCGCAGCAGGUGGUGGACAGCGGCUUCAGUGACCUGGGUAGCAUUGAGAGCACCACGGAGAACUACGAGAACCCCAGCAGCUAUGACUCCACGAUGGGCGGCAGCAUCUGUGGGAAUAACUCCUCCCAGAGCAGCUGCUCCUAUGGGGGGCUGUCGUCCUCCAGCAGCCUCACCCAGAACAGCUGUGUUGUCACCCAGCAGAUGGCAAACAUGGGCAGCAGCUGCAGCCUGAUGCAGCAGAACGGCGUGCAGCCCACCGCCAACUGCAGCAUCAAGUCCCCGCAGAGCUGCGUGGUGGAGAGGCCCCCCAGCAACCAGCAGCCGCCGCCGCCACCGCCGCAGCCUCCGCAGCCGCCGCCGCCACCGCCGCCACCGCAGCCUGCACCGCAGCCGCCUCCCCAGCCUCCACCGCCGCCGCAGCCCCCGCAGCCACCGCCACAGCAGCCCCCGCUGUCGCAGUGCAGUAUGAACAACAGUUUCACGCCUGCGCCCAUGAUCAUGGAGAUCCCGGAGUCCGGAAGCGCCGCCAACAUAAGCAUCUACGAGAGGAUUCCGGGGGACUUCGGGGCGAGCGGCUACUCGCAGCCGUCGGCCACCUUCAGCUUGGCCAAGUUGCAGCAGCUGACUAACACCAUUAUGGACCCUCAUGCCAUGCCUUAUAGCCAUUCCCCUGCCGUGACCUCCUAUGCAACCAGUGUUUCUCUGUCUAACACGGGCCUGGCUCAGCUAGCUCCGUCCCAUCCCUUAGCUGGGGGCCCUCAAGCACAAGCCACCAUGACGCCGCCCCCGAACUUGGCAUCCACCACCAUGAACCUCACGUCGCCUCUGCUGCAGUGCAACAUGUCUGCCACCAACAUUGGCAUUCCUCACACUCAGAGGCUGCAAGGGCAGAUGCCAGUCAAGGGGCACAUUUCCAUCCGCUCCAAAUCGGCACCGCUGCCCUCUGCGGCUGCUCACCAGCAGCAGCUGUACGGCCGCAGCCCCUCAGCCGUGGCCAUGCAGGCUGGCCCGCGUGCACUCGCUGUUCAGCGUGGCAUGAACAUGGGGGUGAAUUUGAUGCCAACCCCCGCUUAUAACGUCAAUUCCAUGAAUAUGAAUACCUUGAACGCCAUGAACAGUUAUCGAAUGACGCAGCCCAUGAUGAACAGCAGUUACCACAGUAACCCUGCCUACAUGAACCAGACAGCACAGUACCCUAUGCAGAUGCAGAUGGGGAUGAUGGGGAGCCAGGCCUACCCCCAGCAGCCCAUGCAGCCAAACCCUCAUGGAAACAUGAUGUAUGCGGGCCCCUCGCACCACAGCUACAUGAACGCCACGGGUGUGCCCAAGCAGUCGCUCAACGGCCCGUACAUGAGGAGAUGAGCAGAGCGGCUUGCGCUCAGCCUUCAGUACAUAGGGACAAAGGAGCCUUUUAUACUGACAGACCAGAGAAAAAUGGACCUUUUUUCCAGUUAAAAUAUUGCUGUAGAUUUAGAGGAAUUUUUCUUUGGUUUAUUUUUAUUUUUUAGAAAACCUGAUCUCUUUUUUUGGGUUUAUUUUGUUCUGGGUUUUGGUUUUCUUCAUAAUCUUGAACAUUUUACAAUAGAACUCAUCUAGAAAUGGAUUUGGGGAUAGGGAAAACAUGCACAAAAAUCUUUUCAUAAUUAAAAAGAGCCUUACUUUCUUUACACACCACAUGGACAGAAUUUGUGUAAAAGUGACUUAUCUUUAUUUUUAAUUUUAAAAUGUGUGUUUCCCCUCACUGUUGCAGCUCCCAAUGUUGUCAUUUUUAAAUGUUAUAUAUACAUCUCUAGGGUUAACCGGACCCUUUCCUCCAAACCCAACCUUGCAUUUCCUUCUUCAUUCCAGCAGGAGGCACUUAGGGGAGAUUGGACGGGGACAUGGAGAACAACCAAGCUCCUUAAACUUAUUAUAUUGUUAAUAUUAUUAUUAUUAUUAUUAAUAAAGUGAGGCAGGAAAAUGCUCUCCUUUCAAAAUCCCCUCCACUCCCUGCAUACACACAAACCUCUUGAAACCUUUCCCCGAGAAUGUUUCUUUAUAGGUGGACUUCAUUGAAAUGUUUUUCUUAAAUCAAGUGUAAUAUAAUUGUUUUUAAACUAUGCCCACUCAGCACUCAGAGACACAAAAACACUGUAAGUCUCAAUUAACAGCAGAAUCUCAGAAGAAAGCUGUUUGCAAUCCUAAUCCAGCCUUGAAGGAAUAGAGAUGGUCAAUUAACAAUCAAAAGAGGAAAUUAACCUCGUUUUUUACCACCUGGUGAAUCAGCCAUACUGCACAUAUUCCACACAGCCUCUUGUUUUUAGUAUGUACUUUGAGAUGCUAAGGGUCUAGAUUCUUGAGCUUUUGAUUAAACUCAAACAGCAGUCCCCAGUGAUAAGCCUUUUACAUUCUUAGGUGAAGUGUUGGUGGAUGACUGUACAUUUCAGUGAUUUGAAAAAUACCUGACAAACCUUUGACACUGUUUAUGUUAUGUUGGAAGAGAUGACGCUGAAUGUGUGUCAUAAGGGAGACCAUGUGUGAGUUUUAUGGCUACUUAAGUGAUAACAUACCUCUGGUUUUUAUUUGUCCUUUGAGAUCCUGAGUUCAUCCUCUGUGAAUCGGAGUGCACCAGCCCCUCGCCUGCGAGUGGCUGAGAGAAGAGGGAUAAACCAACCACCAGCAUAGUAGGGCAAAUCUGGACAGCAGGGUUUUAGCAGGCUCCUAUGUUGCUCCCAACUCCCUUCUCUUUUCUCUUGUGCAGCCAGUUUGCUCAUUCUCUUCCUAUUACUCGCUCCAGGGAUAGGUAAAAAAAAUUAUAUAUAUAUAUAUAUACACACACAUAUAUAUAUGUUCCAUCAUUUGAAGAUGGAAACUAUUAUACCACUCGGUAUGUGCAGUCAAAUAUCCAAAAGGGGGAAUGCUUAAACAAAUACCUGUAAGCAUUAAAUUCUCUCCUUCAUUUGUACAUUUUUAUAUAGAUACAUUUUUGAAGUACUAAUUAGACAUUAAAAUUUUCAAACGCACAGGUUUGUUGGUUUUUUUUAUACACUUUAAUUGACUUUCUCAAUUAAAUGUGUUAGGUAGAAAAAGGCAGAACCCCACAUCUUACCGCUGUCAGUUCUGAGCAUGUGCAAGGCUGUGUAGGACCCAGUUUCUCUGUAUAUACUCUCCCAAUUUCUGGUCACCUAUGUAGAAAGUGCACUGUGCUGCCCUCUCCCUACAUCUUCAGCUCUGUCAUUGCUUCCUGGUUGGGGUGGGGAUGGGGUGGGGUUGGGAGGGAGGUAUAUCGGGAGGAGGGUGGGUCAAGGCAGAAGGAGAAGCUGUUGAAAUGAGGGCCGUGAAUUCCGUUUCUGUUGGUUUGCGGUUGUGUUUGGUUUUGUUUCUUUCUUAAAAAGAAAAUUUCAAUCGGGCAGCUCCCUUUUCCACAAGCCUUUUUGUGACUGUAGAACUAUUGUAGAGAAAAAUGUUCUUUUCUAUAUUAUGAAAGAAAUGAUCCAACACAGUAAUAUUGGUACCUGUCAUUUUUUCACUUCUGUUUAAAAAAAAAUGUAUUUUUAGCAAGAUAACUUGGGUAAUCUUCUAAAAGAGAAAUUUAAAAACUCACUAUUAGUGACUUUGAUGCCUUUUAAAAUAAGAGCUUUUUCAUUUCAUUCCAUCUUUAAAAUUUUUUAUCUUUGUUGUAGAAUAUUAAAAACUAUUUUAAGAAAGAUAAAAAUUCUCUUUAAAGAGAUCUCUAGAGUGUGUGAAUAGAGCUCCAGAUGCCUCUAAAAGCCGCAUGUACAAAUGAAGCUAAGUCUAUUCCUGUCUGUUUAUAUUUGCUUUUCCUGUUUUGUAGCCUCUUUGUACUUCGUUCCUGGUGACUUGUGGGCUGAGGGGAAGGGGUGCCCAGAUGCCUUUGUAUUCCUCCGUGUCACGCGCUCCUGGGCCAGUCAGUCUCCCUUCCUCUCCUUGUAUGUAAUAUCACUUUUUUUCCCCCUUUCUAGCAAGUACUUUCAAAAGAACUCUGUACAUUUUAACAUAAAAAAAAUAAAUUAUGUUGAGCCAUUUUGGA